AUGUCGCUCUGUUAUAGCGCGAUGAAGCAGAAACUCAGACAUCUUUCUCUAGGGAGUUCGCGCAGAUCGGUGGCUAUUUCGGGACUGCUUUUGCUCCUGUUCUACACAUUCUCCUUUAACUACCACACCAGCCAAUCUCUGGUUGCCUCUUACCUUCCCUUCAGGCUUAGCUGGCAGCUGUCCAGCCCCAGCCCCGCCACUGACACUCCUACUAACAUCAGCCACCUCGUAUUCGGCAUAGUUGGCACUGUGAAUACAUGGAAUCGGAGGAGGCCCUACGUUGAAUCGUGGUGGAGACCAAAUGUUACUCGUGGGUAUCUCUUCCUGGACCGAGCUCCUUCGAAAGAGCUUCGAGAGUGGCCUCCUUCUUCACCUCCUGUCCGAGUGAACGAAGAUAUAACUAGGUGGGGAGUACUCCGGCGAGUCAGGAAUCGCGUCCCAAUAAGGAUUUUCCGAACGAUCUUGGAGAUGUUUAGACAGGGAGACAAAGAUGUGAGAUGGUAUGUAAUGGCGGACGACGACACCGUACUCUUCGUGGACAACCUCGUGGAGGUUCUGUCGAGGUAUGAUCAUACCAAGUAUUAUUAUAUCGGCUCGAGCUCAGAAUUUUUCAUGUCCAACUUUUUAUUGUCCUUCGAGAUGGCGUUUGGAGGAGCUGGCUAUGCUUUGAGCUACCCUGUGGUUGAGAUGCUGGCGACGGAGUUAGAUGCUUGUAUAAAAAGAAAUCCGUGGUUGUAUUCUAGCGAUAUCAUGUUGCACAUAUGUUUAACCGACCAUGGAAUUUCCCUGACCCAAGAGAGAGGAUUUCAUCAGGUUGAUUUUCAUGGCGACAUAUCAGGUUUUCUAUCAGCUCAUCCGCAAUCUCCUGUCCUAUCGCUCCACCACAUUGAUGCCAUCGACCCAAUUUUCCCCUCCAUGAACCACUCUGAAGCUAUUAAUCAGCUCAUGAAACCAGCACAAGUCGACCAAUCCCGUCUCCUGCAACAAACCAUCUGCUACCACAGGGAAAGAAAGUGGUCGAUCUCUGUAUCAUGGGGUUACUCUGCUCAUAUAUAUGAGAACAUACUUUCUCGAAGCUUCUUACGGCGACCCAUGGAGACAUUCAAGCCAUGGAUGAAGAGAGUUAAGCCACCUCUUUAUAUGUUCAACACGCGGAUCCUUGAGAACAAUCCAUGCAUAGUUCCUCAUGUAUUUUUCUUGAAAUCCAUGGAGAAUGCCAGCUGUGACGAAAUUGUUACUACUUACACUCGAGCAUCAAAGAGCCGAUUACCAUCUUGUGCACUUGGUGGAAAUCACUCUGCAAAUCCCAUCUCCAGAGUUCAGGCAGGAAGAAUGGAGUGCUGUGAUGUCUUAGCUGACAACCAGAACACCACAAAGGUCAGAUUAAGGCCCUGUAUGUUCGGUGAAGUCAUUGCAUAA